UCGCCCUGGCCGGGUCCUCCCACCUUCAGGCUACAGAGACGAGGGGCCAGAAGGGCCGCCCGCUCACGGCCGAGGCCCCGCCCCCCGCUCGCCGGCCAGCCCGCGCCUCCAGCGGAAGCCGGAAGCAAAAGCGGUCCCAGCUAGCCCCUGGCUCCGAACUCGGUGGUCUUGGAGGCUCCGCAGGAUGGGGGAGAAGAUGGCGGAAGAGGAGCCCUGGGCACAUAGUAGUGAAGGAGGCCGACCAGGAGCUGCCCUCAGGUUUCCUAACACAACUCAUGAAGGUUUCAAUGUCACCCUCCACACCACCCUGGUUGUCACUACGAAACUGGUGCUCCCGACCCCUGCCAAGCCCAUUCUCCCUGUGCAAACAGGGGAGCAGGCUCAGCAGGAGGAACAGUCAAGCGGCAUGACCAUCUUCUUCAGCCUCCUCGUCCUAGCUAUCUGCAUCAUAUUGGUGCAUUUACUGAUCCGAUACAGAUUACAUUUCUUGCCAGAGAGCGUUGCUGUUGUUUCUUUAGGUAUUCUCAUGGGAGCAGUUAUAAAAAUUAUAGAGUUCAAAAAAUUGGCAAAUUGGAAGGAAGAAGAAAUGUUUCGUCCAAAUAUGUUUUUCCUCCUCUUGCUUCCUCCUAUUAUAUUUGAGUCAGGAUAUUCAUUACACAAGGGUAACUUCUUUCAAAAUAUUGGUUCCAUCACCCUGUUUGCUGUCUUCGGUACGGCAAUUUCCGCUUUUGUAGUAGGUGGAGGAAUUUAUUUUCUGGGUCAGGCUGAUGUAAUCUCUAAACUCAACAUGACAGACAGCUUUGCAUUUGGCUCCCUGAUUUCUGCUGUCGAUCCAGUGGCCACUAUUGCUAUUUUCAAUGCCCUUCACGUGGACCCAGUGCUCAACAUGCUGGUUUUUGGAGAGAGUAUUCUCAAUGACGCAGUCUCCAUUGUCCUCACCAACACAGCCGAAGGUUUAACAAGGAAAAAUAUGUCAGAUGUCAGUGGGUGGCAAACAUUUUUACAAGCCCUUGGCUACUUCCUCAAAAUGUUCUUUGGCUCAGCAGCACUCGGCACUCUCACUGGCUUAAUCUCUGCAUUAGUGCUAAAGCAUAUUGACUUGAGGAAAACGCCUUCCUUGGAGUUUGGCAUGAUGAUCAUUUUUGCUUAUCUUCCUUAUGGGCUCGCAGAAGGAAUCUCGCUCUCGGGCAUCAUGGCCAUCCUGUUCUCGGGCAUUGUGAUGUCCCACUACACGCACCAUAACCUGUCCCCAGUCACCCAGAUCCUCAUGCAGCAGACCCUCCGGACCGUGGCCUUCCUGUGCGAAACAUGUGUGUUUGCAUUUCUUGGCCUGUCCAUUUUUAGUUUCCCUCACAAGUUUGAAAUUUCCUUUGUCAUCUGGUGCAUAGUACUUGUACUGUUUGGCAGAGCAGUAAACAUUUUCCCUCUUUCCUACCUCCUGAAUUUCUUCCGUGAUCAUAAAAUCACACCGAAGAUGAUGUUCAUCAUGUGGUUUAGUGGCCUGCGAGGGGCCAUCCCCUACGCCCUGAGCCUGCACCUGGACCUGGAGCCCAUGGAGAAGCGGCAGCUCAUCGGCACCACCACCAUCAUCAUUGUGCUCUUCACCAUCCUGCUGCUGGGCGGCAGCACCAUGCCCCUCAUCCGCCUCAUGGACAUCGAGGAUGCCAAGGCACGCCGCAGGAACAAGAAGGAUGUCAACCUCAGCAAGACAGAGAAGAUGGGCAAUACCAUCGAGUCAGAGCACUUGUCAGAGCUCACGGAGGAGGAAUAUGAAGCCCACUACAUCAGGCGGCAGGACCUCAAAGGCUUCGUGUGGCUGGACGCCAAGUACCUGAACCCCUUCUUCACGCGGCGGCUGACUCAGGAGGACCUCCACCAUGGACGCAUCCAGAUGAAAACCCUCACCAACAAGUGGUAUGAGGAGGUGCGCCAGGGCCCCUCGGGCUCCGAAGAUGAUGAGCAGGAGCUGCUGUGAUGGAGCAGGGCGCCCGCCCAGCGGCCUCUUGGCUCUCAGGACAGAUGCUCAGCAGGGGCCCCGGAGAUGCUGCAUUUGGCCGCAGCCUCAGGGAAGAUGGAAGCAGGGUGAAGCAAAGGCCAUGGUCUUCUGAAACCAGAUGUCCCUGGGCCUUGGAGCCAGCUGUCUGCUUCUGAAGUAGGUCAUGUCUCCGGGCCUCCCCGAGCCAGACUUCUGCUCUGUUGUUUCCCAGCCCGCAGAUCCAGAGGGACCCACUGUCCAGGUAAACUUUCCCUUCUGCUUCUGCGGCCAGGGUGCAGAGUCCUCUGACGAGCUGAGGUGCCUGAGAAGAAAAGCCGUGACCAGCUGUGGAGCCCGCCAGGACUGGGGGUUCUGGGGGAGCACUGGCUUGCAGCUUCUGCUGUUCUCAGCCACGGCCUUCACAGGAGUCCCUGCUGUGGCCCAAAUGGGUGUCUGUUCAGCAGUGCAGGGAGCCAGCCACCCUUUCCCUUUGGUCAUCAAGGUGCCUCUGGUCUCAGCAGCAGCAGUUCUGACCUAAGUGGUGGACUCAGAAAUCCGGAAAACCUCACACUUCCCUUUGAGUUGUUGCUUGCACUCCCUGAAAAGGAAAAACCAGUGACCUUUUUCUUUACCUCGGACUGGCACCUUGCGGGCUGUCUCCCUGGGUGGCAGGCAGCUGCUGCCCUCCUCUGGGAAUAGUGUGAAUGUUUACACUGGUGCAGAGCCGGACACAGGGUCCUUCUCAGGAACCCCAUUAGAAGCUGCAUUGGGUUUCUGGGGGUUAGCCAGCCCAGUCUGUGGGGUCAGAGCGCCCUCUGGAGGGAGAAGCUAGAGUUACAGGGCUUAUGCAGCCGGCAUCGGUGGUCUUUGAGUUCAGUUUAAAUUCCUGCACUUUUACAUAGUGAGAGCCUGGCAAUCACCUCCCUCCCUCACCCAGUGGAUCUCAUUGGUCCAGAGGCCCCAGUUCCUGGGCUCUGUGGGGUCUGCCCACUCUUUGCCUGCUGCCACCUUCACUGCUAAUCAUUUCCUUCUUCCCUGUUCGGUUCUUUACCGUCUUGGGUCCCAGCUCACCAAAGCCCUGAGUAGGGGCCGGAGCAGCAGUGCCCUGUGCUCCUCCCCUGCCACUCCCACCCAGAACUCGCUCACAGAGGCUUGCACAUGUCUCUCUCUCCCACACGCACACCCCCUGCCCUGUCCCUGUGGUCCCGGCCCUUGGCUAUCCAGGGUGAGGAGCUGCUAGUCACAUCCAGAUGGAGUGGAGUUCCUCACUUUCACAUCUCCUCCUCAUCUUCCCUUAACAAACCUCAUACCCACUAGCCUUUGCCCAUCUAUGGGCCAGUGGCACCUCCCCUAGGUGCCUCAGGGUCCCUGCCUUGGGACCCGGCACCCUCUUGGGUGGUUUUGUUCAUUGUGUCCUGGUUCUGUGUGAGGAACACUGGGCCAGCAUGGACCCUGGGCUGGCAGCAGGUCUGUUUCCAUCCCUUCUGCCUCAGGCAGCAUGGCCCUGGGUGUCAGGAAGAACUGACUGCAGAGCCCUCCAAGACCCUGGUGCCCAGCCCACCAGACCAAGCCCCUUUCCUGGAAGUAUGAGGCCAAUCAGACAGGAAGCACUUGGUUUCCUUCUUAUGCAUGAAAAGUAAAUCUGUACUUGCUAGGGUUAACAUACGUUCAUUUCUCUUUUUGGAACCUCCCCCUUUAGCUCCGUAAUUUAAGCCAAACAGGAGUAUUUUACUUCACCUAAUACCUUCUGGGAGGAGCAAUACCAUGUAUAAUCUGGUCUCCAUCAUUUCCUACUUUUAGAGGUCAAAGAAGGAGAAGACGGUUGUCCACACCUAGGAGGAAGAGGGCAGGGAUCCGAGAUUAGAGUGUUCUCCAAUCCAUAAAUAAUUUACCUUCUCCUUUGAAGUUUGUGGUCUGAUCUCAGAAGUGGAACUUGCAUUGCAAACUCAAUAGCUUCCCAGAAAAUGUGGAGGGGGCGGGGAUUGUGAAUUCACAGAUAAAGCAGUGGAAACACCUUCUCAAUUCAGACUGCCCCGUCACCAGGUCUCGCCUCCCACUUUUAGCAGAGACUUGAAAAUGAUAGUGUAGUAGAGAAGAGUCCUCAAAGUGGAAGGUCCCCUAGG